UGGCGGUGACACUUGUGGAACCUCAACACGAAGUGUCGUAGUGUUGUCCAGUCAAUAUUUGAAUCUCAAAAAGAACGAUGAGUCUCAGCGAAGCAUCAGCUGCAACUGUUGUGGAAGAAGACGAUUGUGGACCUCAGUCCAUCAAAAAACUUGAGGGCAAUGGAAUCUCUGCUGGGGAUAUUAAGAAAUUGGAAGAAGCUGGUUUUCAUACCAUUGAGUCGAUUGCAUUCACCCCAAAAAAAAACUUGGUGUCCAUUAAAGGAAUGUCCGAGGCAAAAGUAGAAAAGCUUCUGGCUGAAUCCUUCAAAUUGGUGCCAAUGGGAUUCACCACCGCUACAGAGUUUCACAUGAAAAGAUCUGAAAUUAUCCAGUUGACAACUGGUUCCACUGAAUUAGAUAAGUUAUUAGGUGGAGGAAUUGAAACAGGAUCCAUCACAGAGAUCUUUGGCGAGUUCCGUACUGGCAAAACUCAAAUAUGUCACACCCUUGCUGUUACUUGCCAACUUCCAAUUGAAAGAGGUGGUGGAGAAGGAAAAUGCAUGUAUAUUGAUACAGAAAACACCUUUAGACCAGAAAGACUUUUAGCUGUAGCCGAAAGAUUUCAAAUGAAUCCUGAGGAUGUCCUCAACAAUGUCUGCUUUGGCAGAGCUUAUAACUCUGACCAUCAGACUAAAUUAUUAAUGAAUGCCCCUGCAAUGUUUACAGAAUCUAGAUAUGCCCUAUUAGUAGUGGACAGUGCAACAGCCUUGUAUCGUACUGAUUAUUCUGGUAGAGCUGAAUUAGCUGACAGACAGAAGCAUCUUGCCAGAUUUCUAAGAAUGCUACUGAGACUGGCUGAUGAGUUUGGAGUGGCAGUGGUGAUUACCAACCAAGUAGUGGCCCAAGUAGAUGGAGCCGCCAUGUUCAAUGCCGACCCCAAAAAGCCAAUCGGUGGUCACGUCAUGGCUCACUCUUCAACUACAAGACUUUAUUUGAGAAAAGGCCGUGGCGAAACACGUAUGUGCAAGAUAUAUGACUCUCCUUGUUUGCCAGAGUCAGAGGCUAUGUUCGCAAUCAAUCCUGAUGGCGUUGGUGAUGCCAAGGAGUAACUUUGAAUUUCUUUUAUAUGUUAUUAUUGUUUUAGUUAUAUAAUGAAUAUCGUUAAAUUGUACGUAAGCAACACCAAUGUUGUAAAGAAUUAUUUUUGUAUGUCCGUUAAUUUAUAUUAAAGUAAUUAAUCAUUUCUA